GAGCACGAGUGGGGUGGGGCGUGCCCACGGGCCCCCGCCCCCCUCGUCCCCCCCGCCCAGCUCCGGAGCCGCAGCCGGGCCGGCGGGCCAGGGGUCCGCGGCGCACCCUCUCCGCUGCGUUCUUCAGCCAGCCAGGCCUACCAGGACGCCGUGUGAAGCAGGAACAGGGGGGACAGGGACGCCCCCUUCAGCAGGAGCCGUCGGAGGGGCGGACCCGAGACCAGGCGAGCAGCCCCGCAGGAGCCAGGCUCAGGGUCUGGGACGCAGUCGGGAGCGCAGAGGGCCGGCUGGGCGCCGCAGAGCCAGCAGGCUGGCCCGGGCCUCCUGGGUGACAGGCCCUGCGUGGCUGGCUGGGAAGAAGUGACUGGAGACCUGCAGGAAAGAGACUGGACCUAGAGGAGGGGCGGCUGCCUCGCUGUCCUUGCUGAGCCCCGGGGACCAAGGAAUUUAGAGCAGCGUUUCCCCAUCCUGAAAAAGACGAUUGCUGUCCAGAGCAGCACCCUUUAUCUGAGACAGCGCUGGGGGCGGGGGUCCUUGGGGCCUGGAACCUCACCCCACGCUCCUUUAACUGGGGCCUCUGGGCCUCACAGAGGACCCCGGGUUCGCAAGGAGGCCUUCGGGGUCCCGGCCCCUGCGGCUGCAGCAGUGGCCAUGUCAAGGCCAGGCCAGGGUGUGAUGAUGCCCGUGAACGGGCUGGGCUUCCCACCGCAGAAUGUGGCCCGGGUGGUGGUGUGGGAGUGGCUAAAUGAGCACAGCCGCUGGCGGCCUUACACGGCCACCGUGUGCCACCACAUCGAGAACGUGCUCAAGGAGGACUCCCGUGGUUCUGUGGUCCUGGGGCAGGUGGACACCCAGCUGGUGCCCUACAUCAUCGACCUGCAGUCCAUGCACCAGUUUCGCCAGGACACAGGCACCAUGCGGCCGGUGCGGCGCAACUUCUACGACCCGUCGUCCGCGCCGGGCAAGGGCAUCGUGUGGGAGUGGGAGAACGACGGCGGCGCGUGGACGGCCUACGACAUGGACAUCUGCAUCACCAUCCAGAACGCCUACGAGAAGCAGCACCCGUGGCUCGACCUCUCGUCGCUCGGCUUCUGCUACCUCAUCUACUUCAACAGCAUGUCGCAGAUGAACCGCCAGACGCGCCGGCGCCGCCGCCUGCGCCGCCGCCUGGACCUGGCCUACCCGCUCACCGUGGGCUCCAUCCCCAAGUCGCAGUCGUGGCCCGUGGGCGCCAGCUCGGGCCAGCCCUGCUCGUGCCAGCAGUGCCUGCUGGUCAACAGCACGCGCGCCGCCUCCAACGCCAUCCUGGCCUCGCAGCGCCGCAAGGCGCCCCCCGCGGCCCCGCCGCCGCCGCCUCCCGGAGGGCCGCCCGGCGCGCUCGCCGUGCGCCCCAGCGCCACCUUCGCGGACAACUCCACCAGGCCCGUGUUGCAGCUGGGGAGGCUGAGGCUGGGAGCGGUCUGCUCCCUCCUGACGGUCCCCCAGCUGGAGAACGGGGCGUGGAAUUCAGAGCCGGAGGAUUCCAGAAGGUGCAGGUAUGUCCAGAAGCCAAACCAGAGCCCUCGGAUCUUCCGGUGUGUGGGGCUGAAGUCCAGCUGCGGCCUCUUUUCUCCCCUCAGGGUCCCCGCGCUCCCGGUGAAGAACUUGAAUGGUACGGGGCCCGUCCAUCCGGCCCUGGCAGGGAUGACCGGGAUCCUGCUGUGUGCCGCCGGCCUGCCCGUGUGCCUGACGCGGGCCCCCAAGCCCAUCCUGCACCCGCCGCCCGUGAGCAAGAGCGACGUCAAGCCCGUGCCCGGCGUGCCCGGGGUGUGCCGCAAGACCAAGAAGAAGCACCUCAAGAAGAGUAAGAACCCCGAGGAUGUGGUUCGAAGGUACAUGCAGAAGGUGAAGAACCCGCCCGAUGAGGACUGCACCAUCUGCAUGGAGCGGCUGGUCACAGCAUCCGGCUACGAAGGCGUGCUUCGGCACAAGGGCGUGCGACCCGAGCUCGUGGGCCGCCUGGGCCGCUGCGGCCACAUGUACCACCUGCUGUGCCUCGUGGCCAUGUACUCCAAUGGCAACAAGGACGGCAGCCUGCAGUGCCCCACGUGCAAGGCCAUCUACGGAGAGAAGACGGGCACCCAGCCGCCCGGGAAGAUGCGGUUCCACCUCAUCCCGCACUCGCUGCCCGGCUUCGCCGACACCCAGACCAUCCGCAUCGUCUACGACAUCCCCACAGGCAUCCAGGGCCCUGAGCACCCCAACCCAGGCAAGAAGUUCACCGCAAGAGGCUUCCCGCGUCACUGCUAUCUGCCCAACAACGAGAAGGGCCGGAAGGUGUUGAGGCUGCUCAUCACCGCCUGGGAGCGGAGACUCAUCUUCACCAUCGGCACGUCCAACACCACAGGCGAGUCGGACACCGUGGUGUGGAACGAGAUCCACCACAAGACCGAGUUUGGAUCCAACCUCACGGGCCACGGCUACCCGGACGCUAGCUACCUAGACAAUGUGCUGGCCGAGCUCACAGCCCAGGGCGUGUCCGAGGCUGCAGCCAAGGCCUGAGGCCCCGGGGGCGGCCCACCUUCCCUCCUGCUUUGCCCCUGGUCCGGCACUUGCCUCCCUCUGCCAGGCGCGUCCUGGUGGCCCGGGUUCAGGGCUGGGGAGGAGCCCGCGGAAGGAGCCAGAAGCGUCCUGGGGGUUUGGCUGAUGGCGGUUGGAAUGAUGGGAGGAGGAUGGCAGGCCAGCCGGCUCCGACCCGUAGCUCCCUGAGAGGGUGGCGGAGAGAACACCGGAACCACAGUAACCUCCCUACGGAAAAGACAGAGCCCCACCCCCUCGCGCAAACACACGUGUCCUGUUGAACACACGCACGCGCACCCACGUGCCUCUACUUACCCCCGGGCUGGGGGGAAAGAGACGGAAGACCCCUGUGAUCCUCCACGUGGACUCCCACCCGCGUCUCGAUUCAGCUCAAGCGCCUGGGGGAAAGGGGCCCCCCUCUGCUACCCACUGAUGGGCACUUGUGGGCCCAGGGGUAGAACCCGAAGUUAGCAGUUUUGCAAAGGGGCAGAGGCCAGAGAGAGGGGGACUAGAGGGACCUUGUUUUGUGCUUGUGUCUCUUCAUCCUUCUGGGACUCUCGCCUCCUUCUUCUCCCCUCCCGUCCCCAGGCCUUAUGUCUGUCCCAGAUAAAGGCACUGUUCUCCCUUCCUCCCCAUCCUGUCCUCUCCGCCAAAUCGCUCCCAACGCCGAGAUCCAAAGGCUGGAUGAGGCCGAGCUUAGGCCAGCGGGUCUAAAAAAGCAGACCGGACAGCAAAGAGUCCAUUUCCCUUUCUUGGGAGUGGGCAGUGGGGUGGCUGACGGUCUUGGCCAACCAGGGGCCUGUUGCCCAGGCAACUCACCAGCUCCGCCUCUGUUGAUUGGCUGCCACGGUGGAAGUCAGCCAAGAUUUAAAGGGACGCCAGCGACUGCUCUUUUGAAAACCUACCAGUCCCACUGUGGGUGGAGAAAUAAAUGGUCUUUCUCC